AUGCCUGGAGCCAUCAGGACCGCCUUGAAAGUCGAUCUCGACAAGCUGGCCAAGGACCAGCCAUAUCUACACAACAGAUGGCAUCCUGACGUACCCUUCUCUGGAACCAUUAAGAAUGGAGAGACGGUCAAGAUCGAGUGCCUGGACUGGACCGGUGGACAGAUCAAGAACAAUGACAGCGCCGACGACGUGAAAAACGUCGACCUGACCCAGAUCCACUACUUGUCUGGUCCCUUCGAGAUUGAGACAGCGGAGCCAGGCGACGUCCUUCUGGUCGAGAUCCAAGAUGUCCAGCCUUUCGAGGAUCACCCGUGGGGUUUCACCGGCGUCUUCCACAAAGACAACGGUGGCGGGUUCUUGGACGAAAUCUACCCUGAAGCUGCCAAAGCAAUCUGGGACUUCGAAGGCAUCUUCUGCUCGUCCCGUCACAUCCCCGGCGUGCGUUUUGCCGGCUUGAUCCACCCAGGAAUUCUGGGCUGCGCACCGUCACCCGAGAUCCUAGCUGAAUGGAACAAACGAGAGGCGGAGCUGAUUUCCACGACGUCGCUAGACCGUAUUGUCGCGCAGCCUCCUAACUCGACAAACGUCCAUGCAGGGUCGGCUGACGAAGAGACCAAAAACAAGAUCGGGAAAGAAGGUGCACGCACGAUCCCGGGCCGCCCUGAACACGGUGGGAAUUGCGACAUCAAGAACCUGUCUCGUGGGAGCAAGGUCUAUCUGCCCGUGCAUGUCAAGGGCGCCAAGUUCUCCGUCGGGGACUUGCACUUUUCUCAGGGCGACGGUGAAAUCUCCUUCUGUGGCGCCAUCGAGAUUGCCGGCGUCAUCACCAUCAAGUUCGAGGUGAUCAAGGAUGGCCAGGCCAAGCUCGGCAUGGUCGGCGGCAAGUCGCCCAUCUACAUCCCCGGCCCAGUCCAGCCGCAAUUCGGCCCGGGGCGUAUGAUCUACUUUGAGGGAUUCAGCGUCGAUGAGCAGGGCAAGCAGCACUACAUGGACGCCACUGUCGCCUACCGCCAGUCCUGCCUCCGGGUCAUCGAAUAUCUCCGGCGCUUCGGCUACAGCGACUACCAGAUCUACUUGAUGCUGAGCUGUAUCCCGAUCGAGGGACAUAUCGCCGGCAUUGUCGAUAUCCCCAAUGCAUGUACCACUAUUGGUCUGCCAAUGGAUAUUUUCUCGUUCGAUAUCUCGCCCUCGGCCGAGCCCAAGAAAUUGGACUUGGGUGCUUGUGCUAUGGCCAGCAAGUAG